AUGUCCGUCGGUAGUGCAAAAUAGACCUGUGAGCCCACGAUGCAGCUGGACCGACUUCGCGAGCGGCUGAGAGCCGUGGCCUUCGGGGCCCUGCUUCUUCUUGUCCCGGGCCAGGGCCAGGACUCUGCCUGCCCCGUGCGGACCACGCACAUGGGCCAGGUGCAGUGGAGCCUCGUCCAUGUGAAGAACACUGAUGUGGCGAUCCACACCUUCUUGGGAAUUCCCUUCGCCAAGCCACCUCUAGGGCUGUUGCGGUUUGCGCCCCUGGAGCCCCCGGAAUCUUGGAGUGGUAUAAAGGAUGGGACCUCCCACCCAGCCAAGUGUCUGCAGGACUUCGCUAGCGUGAAAGGAGUGACUCUGAAACUACUGAAUGUGACCCUGCCUUCUACCUCCAUGUCUGAAUACUGCCUGUACCUCAACAUCUACACACCUGCCAGUUCCCAUGAGGGCUCUAACCUGCCUGUGAUGGUGUGGAUCCAUGGUGGUGGGUUUGUCGUGGGUAUGGCUUCCAUGUAUGACGGCUCUGCUCUGGCGGCCUUCGAGGACGUGGUGGUGGUCGUUAUCCAGUACCGCCUGGGUUUGCUGGGCUUCUUCAGCACUGGAGACAAACACGCAACUGGCAACUGGGGCUACCUGGAUCAAGUGGCCGCACUACCCUGGGUCCAGCAGAAUAUCGUCUACUUUGGAGGCGACCCUGACCAUGUCACCAUUUUUGGCGAGUCUGCGGGUGGCGUAAGCGUGUCUUUGCAUGUUGUGUCCCCCAUGUCCGAAGGACUCUUCCACCGUGCCAUCGUGGAGAGUGACGGGGCCCUGCUGCCCAGCUUCACCGCCAGCUCAUCUGCCGUGGCCUCCACUGUGGUGGCCAACCUGUCUGCCUGUGGCCAGGUUGACUCAGAGGCCCUGGUGGACUGCCUGCGGCGCAGGAGUGAAGAGGGGAUUCUGGCCAUCAACAAGCCCUGGAUGGGAAAUCGAGGCCAGGCCAUGCUGAGGCAGCUAUAGGACCUGCUGGGGUGGGUGUGAGCAUUCUGGGACGAGCCAAGAAGGGGUGGAAGAUGUCUGCGGCAUCAGAAAG